AGGACCUGUUCUCCAGCUGUGGUGAUCCCGAACACCAUCUCCAGUUGGAAUGUCUUACUGGUAUGUUGGUGUUUCCCAGGAUCCUGGAGAACUUCCUAGCAGCAUGGAGCAGAAAGACAGUACCGGAGAGGAAACAGGAGCCAGAGCUCCACCGGUGGAGACCACUGAUUCCGACCCUGAAGCGGUUCUUCCUUCGUCUCUGGAGAACAUUGAAGCAGCGUAUGAACGUGGAGACGAAGAAGUUGCCAGGGAGCUGAUUCAGCAGGCCUGCUGUGUGGAGUGUUCUGCUGGGAUCCAUCCUGAUGGAGUCCAUCUCCUGUCUCUAGCCACUCAGCACGGAGACCUGACGAGCGUUCGGUACCUUCUGAAAGAAGCCCGGAUCACGUUACCCCAGGAACCGUCACAGAGUAACCCAGCUGUUCUGGCAGCUCAGUGUGGUUCUACCAGCCUGGUGAAAGAGCUUCUGGAUUCUGUUCCUGGUGUGUGUCUGAGGAAAGAGCUGGUGAACUGCAUGCUGGUCACUUCCAGUCAACAGGGUCACCUGGACGUGGUCCGUCUGCUCGUCAGGGGUUAUGAUGCAGACGUCCGAGACUUCGCCGUCCACAGUAAUGAGUUUGCCGUCAUCACCGGACAGCCGCUGUACGCCGCCGCUCGAGCAGGUCAUGAAGAAAUCGCUCACUUCUUGCUGGAGAACGGAGCAGGGUUCUCAUCGUACACUCUGAUGGACUUCCCAGACUUCAGCAAACGUCUGCUCAGACAGAAACUACAGGAAACUACUGGAGGAAACGGAGAGGAGGCUGUUUGUGUGUAUUGGAGCGGUCUGCAGCUGCCCUUCUUGGAGCUGGACUGGUUCUUGGACGUCUGCUCACGGAUCACCCACCUGGACCUGUCGUCCAACAGUCUGACUACUCUGCCCUCCGUGGUCCCCUGGGGUCUGAUCCACCUUCGAACUUUGGAUCUUUCAGAUAAUGUUUUGAAAGAGCUUCCUUUUGCUCAGAACUCCCAGGAUGUCAUCUGCUCCAGAUUGCAGCAGGUAAAUCUCUAUCAGAACCAGCUGAAAAGUUUACCAACUGGACUGCUUCAUCUGAUCCACCUUCAGAACCUAUGUGCUGCCAAAAACCAGCUCACAGUUUUGUUUGACAUCCCUGCCGAUGUGAACUGGAUCGGUCUCCGGAAGCUGGAGGAGCUGGAUGUGUCUGAUAACGCCCUGAGCAGUCUUCCCUCAUCACUCAUGUACUGUCUGAAGUCCCUCUGCUCUCUGGACGUGAGCCGGAACAAACUGAGCUCGUUCCCUGACCCCUGGGCCUGCCCACUGAAUCGAUGCAAAGCUUCUUCCAAUUUACUUGAGAGUCUCCCAGACACCAUCUCCAUCUUCUGGAGGACUCAUCUGAAGGAGGUGGACUUCUCUAACAACCGCCUGAAGGAGCUGCCUUCUUAUAUCUUUGAACUGGAGGCCAUCGUCUCGUUGAGGUUGUGUGGGAACUUCAUCUCAUCGCUCCCAGCUCCCAAUAAGUGGAAAUGUUCUCAGCUCAAGACUCUGGACCUCUCAAAGAACCAACUGGGCAAAACCGAAGAGGGAUCCAAAUCCAGAAGACUUGCUUUCCUGACAACCUGGAACAGAAGAGAUCCAGACCCAGUGUGUCCCAUUGAGUUUCCUGAUUUUCUGAGAUCUUCACUAGAAGUUCUGGUCCUAAAUGAGAACCAGCUGGAGUGUGUUCCUCAGUCUGUGUGUAGUCUGCACAACCUCACAGAGCUUUACCUGUCCAGAAAUCCUGGGAUCCGAGAACUUCCUGUUGAACUCGGUCAGCUCCCCAACCUGUGGCAGCUGGACAUCGAAGACCUCAACAUCUCCAAUGUCCCCCAGGCCGUGAGAAACGAAGGUCCUGGGUCUGUCCUGGCUUUCCUCCGGGCACAUCUUCGAAAAGCAGAGCCUUGUAAACUGCUGAAGAUGCUUGUGGUGGGCCCUCCGAGACAGGGGAAGACGGUGCUCCUGGAGGCCCUGCUGACAGGAAAACCAUCAAACUUCACCCCAGCAGUGUGCAGUAUCUCCAGGUUCAUCUGGGAGCUGGAGAAACCCAGCAUGAGCAAAAGCAACAGAGACUCUGUGGUGUUCAACGUGUGGGACGUUGGGGGUCCGGCCAGCAUGAGCACAGUCAACCAGUGUUUCUUCACCGAUAAGGCUCUGUACGUGGUCAUCUGGAACCUGGCUCUGGGAGAGGAGGCUGUGGCCAACCUGCAGACCUGGCUGCUCAACAUUGAGGCCCGGGCACCAAACUCUGCAGUGGUGGUUGUGGGAACACAUUUGGAUCUGAUAGACACCAAGUUUCGAACCGAGAGGCUGGCGACGCUGAGAGCUUAUGUUCUGGCUCUGUGUCGAUCCCCAUCAGGAGCCCGAGCCAAAGGUUACCCCGACAUCACGUACAAACACCUGCAUGAGGUGUCGUGUAAAACCUUGGAGGGAUUUGAUGGACUGAAGACUCUGAUCUACCAGGUCUGUCUCUCCAUGAAGGACAGUGGUUCAGCGUGUGGGAAUAGACUGCUGGGCCGACUGAUCCCCAGGAGCUAUUUUGAUCUUCAGGAUGCAGUGACGGCAGAAAAGAAGAGACGACAUGAUGAGAGACAGGUCCAGUUUCUGACUGAGACCCAAUUGGACAGCAUCAUCGAGCAGGACCCAGGAAGUGACAUCAGAGAUUAUGAAGACCUGCAGACUGCCAUCAGUUUCUUGAUAGAAACAGGAAGUCUGCUGCACUUCCCUGACACCAGCCAUGGCUUGUGCACGCUCUACUUCCUGUGUCCUGUGUGGCUGUCCGACUGUCUGGAGCUGCUCAUUCAACUUAAGUCGUCCUGUCCUUUCGUCAGGAACGGACUGAUCCAGGCCGAGGACCUCAGGAUGCUAUUAGCAGAAACCGGAUUCACCCAACAGACAGAGGAACAGUACUUCCAGUUCCUGGCAAAGUUUGAGAUUGCUCUGCCUGCGGCCAACAACAGUUACCUGCUGCCACACCUUCUGCCUCCGAAGCCAGCCUUGGACCUUCAUAACAUCCACCAGCGCACCGUCAACACCCUUCAACGUCUCUUCAAGAUGAGCUUCGUUCCUGCAGGAUUCUGGCAGCGCUUCAUCGCCAGGAUGCUCAUCAGCCUCACCGAGAUGGACCUGCAGUUCUUCAAUGUGUCCAAAAGGACCCCUUGGAGUCAGCAGCAGAGGCACUCUGUGAUCUACAGCUUCGCUGGAGGCGAGAAGAAGAACCGAUGCAGUACUUUCAGGGUCCGACGCAGCCAAACCAUCUACUGGAAGGAAGGACUUCUGGUCACCUUUGAUGGUGGUUACCUCAGUGUGGAAUCUUCAGACGUCAACUGGAAGAAGACGAAGAGCGGAGGAAUAAAGAUCAUCUGUCAGUCGGACACAAGAGACUUCUCUGCUGUGGCUUUCAUCACAGAUCACGUGAACGCUUUGAUCGAGCAGUGGUUUCCAGCUCUGACGGCCACAGAGAGCGACGGCAGUCUUCUCAUUGAGCAGUACGUCCCCUGUUCUCUCUGCACCUCUCGGGUUCAGCAGGAGGCUGCACCGCCCCACGAGGUCAUCGAGAUACAAGAUGGCCAACGGGGAGGCGGAGCUAGUGUUCAUUACUUCAGCAUGGAGGACUGCGUGCUGGCUGCUGUGGAAAAAGAUUGUAUCGUCUGUCCUCAGCACAUGGAUCAACCAGUUCCCCUGCAAGAACUGGUCCCAGAACUCUUUAUGACCGACUUCCCUGCACGACUGUUUUUAGACAAAGCCCAGCUGGAGUUCUGUGAAGACGAGCAGAAUGUUCUGGGUCAGGGCGGCAGUGGGACCGUCAUCUACAGAGCUCGAUACAACCAGCAGCCCGUCGCUGUCAAACACUUCCACUUUAAGAAACUGCGGCAGCUCAGCAUCACCAGUACCACAGACACCAUGGUGAAGCACCUGCAGUGUUCCAAUGCGUGCCGGAGCUUCUCGGAGUUUCGUCAGGAGGCCAGCAUGCUGCACUCACUGCACCAUCCCUGCGUCGUAUCUCUGCUGGGCAUCAGCAUCCACCCUCUGUGCUUCGCUCUGCAGCUGGCUCCUCUGGGAAGCCUCAACACAGUCCUGGAGGAGAAGCAGAGGGACAAAGGCUGCAGCUAUAUGCCUCUCGGCCACAUGCUGACCUUUAAGAUGUCCUAUCAGAUGGCUGUGGGCUUGGCAUACCUCCACAGGAAGAACAUCAUCUUCUGUGACCUCAAGUCUGACAACAUCCUGGUCUGGUCUCUGCAGGUCCUGGACCCGGUCAACAUCAAACUGUCGGACUACGGGAUUUCUCGACACUCUUUCCACGAAGGGGCUCUGGGAGUUGAGGGGACCCCAGGGUACCAGGCUCCUGAGGUCCGGCCUGGCAUCGUGUACGAUGAGAAGGUGGACAUGUUCUCCUACGGCAUGGUGAUUUACGAGCUGCUGACCGGGCGAAGGCCGGCUCUGGGAAACCACCAGCUUCAGACAGCAAAGAAGCUCAUCAAAGGCAUACGGCCCAUCCUGGGCAGUCCAGAACAGGUCCAGUUCUACAGCCUGCACACGUUAAUGACUGAGUGCUGGGACACCAAGCCAGAGAAGAGGCCAUUAGCCAUGCAGUGUGUGAGGUGGAUGCAGGAGCCCAGCUUCCCCUGCCUCAGGUAUCUGUUGUCCUGUGAGAACCAGUCCCAGCUCUUCCUGUCCCCGCUGCAGGGCCACAGCGCCGUGUUCUGGCAAGGAGACAAUGAGGACAGGAACUACAGUGUUGUGAAUGUGGAGAAGGGUCAGGUGGAGGUGAAGAGGAUGUUGUGUCCCGGCAGCCGCAUCAGCUGCCAGAUUAAGAUUGGUAACACUCUGUGGAUCGCCACUGAGGAACAGGAGAUGUUCCUCUACAGUCUGAAGGACAUGUGUCCACUGAAUCAACCCCAGAGACAUUUGUCCUGUCCGGCCGUCAUCACCUGCCUGUUCCAUGUUCCAGCCCAAGAGAAGGGCCUGGCCCGAGUGUUUGCUGGGAUGUCUGAUGGUCUGCUGGCUGUUUACACCUUGGUGGACGACCUUCCUCUGGAUGGAGAGACCUACCUGUGUUCACAUACACUGAAUAAAACCGUGUUUGGACUGAAGGAUUCUGAUCCCAGGCAGAGACCCUGUCCAGUCAAGACCAUGUCUCUGGUCAGCAGUGGCUCUCAGUUAUGGUUCUCCAACGGUCCUGGUCUCCUGGUUAUCGACUCUCUGAACCUUCAGGCCAUUCGAAGGCUGGACUUGUACAAACCACCUUCCUCCAUAAUCAGCAUGGCCACCAGCUUCAGUCUGUGGGGGGAGGAGGCGGUCUGGACCCUGGAUGACCACACCAAUACCCUGCUGUUGUACCACGCUGCCUCAUACGAGCUCUGUGCCACGUACUGCUGCGGGGAUAGCAGUCCCUUACGUGACGUCUUUACCGUGCAUCGUCCUGUAGGAGUUGCCACGGUGACGGCUGAUGAACCCAAAUCCUUGUACCAGACUGGGAAGCUGGAACAGACCAACAGAGAGGUGACUGUGAUCCACAGCCAGGAGGCAGGGACUCAGAUCAUCCAGCACCAGGACUCGUUGACGGACUACUGCUCCGUAGGGUCUAAAUCUUCAGUGGAACCAUCAGACCUGGACUCUCUGAACCCCACAGACUGCACUUUGUCCAACAGUAGCAGCUGUGUGCUGCAGAAUACAGAACCUGAUGAGUCAGGCGGGGACCAAGACCAGCAGCUAUCCAACAACACUGAUCCUGGACCUGCAGAGACCAGAACGUCCUCAACAUCUCAGCUACUGCAGGCCUUCACUCUGCUGCCGGUGAAGGGGACUCUGUGGAUACCCAGGCGUAGAGGGGACGUGGUGAUUGUUGAGAUGCAGUCUCCGGACGGUAAUCAGCUGAAGGGAUGUGUGGUCGCUGUCCUUCGUCCACCUGGAUUGUCUUCUCUGGGGACUCUGGCGGCGGCGGCGCUGGUGGCAAAGGACACGGUUGUUUGUGGUUUCCAGAGGAAGGACUCGGAGUGGACCCUGGUGGUCUGGAGGUCCUGGGGCUGCUGUGAGCUGGAGGUCUUCUUCCACUCCUAUGAGAAGCUCGGCUGCUUGGAGGUCAGCAUGAGAAAUAGAAGGUAG